UUCGGCGGACGGAUUGUAAAGCUUCACCGGAUGUGACCAAAGCAAGAUGUCUGCGACCUUGUUGAAUGCAUGUUGAUCAAAAUGACAGCUGUAUAACCCUCAAAAGAUGAAUAUUAAUGCGAUAGCUUGAUAUUUUAAACAGUAUAAAUUAUCAUGUUUUCAUUGUUCAGGCGUGUGUUCUCAGGACUGGCGAGCGGGACGCUGGAGGGACCAGCUAUCCUGCAGCAGCAUCACCUGAAAGUGCUCUCGGCUGGUUUAAAGACAUAUGAAGUUCCUCCAGACUACAGUGAUGUGGUUUUACCAGACAAGCCCAAACUCAAAUUCCUCAAUAAGGUCCCUAAUUUAAAAAAGGCCAAGAAGGAGAUGAAGAAGCUACGUGAUAUCCAGGGUCCAACUAAGACCGGCAACUCGUUCAGAUUUGGACAGUAUGGUAUUUUGGCCAUGGGCGGAGGAUAUCUACACUGGGGCCAUAUGGAAAUGAUGAGGCUCACUAUUAAUCGGCGAAUGGACUCCCGUACCACCUUUGCCCGCUGGCGGAUUAACGCUCCUUACAAACCCAUUACACGUAAAGGCCUGGGUCAGCGCAUGGGAGGAGGCAAAGGUGCCAUCGAUCAUUACGUAACACCGGUAAAGUGCGGCAGGAUGAUCGUAGAGGUUGGAGGUCAGAUUGAACUCGGGGAAGUGGAGUCUGUUCUUAAAGAAGUGGCGAAGAAGCUGCCUUUCCCAGCCAAGGUGGUGAGCAGAGAGAGUCUGACUGCCAUGCAGCAGGAACAAGCUGAAAGGGAGGCGAACAACCAGAAUCCGUGGACCUUCGAGAGAAUUGCCAGGUCCAACAUGCUGGGUAUCCGCAAAGUCAUCAGUCCGUUUGAUCUCCACAAUCACGGACGCUACGCUGGAAAGUUCUACAAUCCAGACAGAGUCUGACCUCAAACCAAACACUGCAGCAAAAAGCACAGCACCACCACCUCCCCCUGUGCGAAUAAAAACCCCCAAAACAGUGUGUAAACUGCUUUGCACACCACAUCCUGUAUUCGAUUAGAAUCACAAUCAGUAGGUUUUAUAAGAGUUUCGUUAUUAUUUAGUAAUGACCACAAAAGUCAAGCACCCCGAAGACUGAAAAAAAAACAAGGCUAAUUGCAGAAGUUAUUUCUCCUCACUUCUCAGCCAGUAAGACACAAAAAGUAAAGUAGAAUUGCAGCACUUGAUCUCUGGAGACAAUAUCAUUCAUAUGGUGAACGAAUCUAGCAUUCAAACCACCUGGCAAGCAGCAUUUUUUGCGUUUUUUUUGUUGUUGUGUUCAAUAGUAAAUGUUGAAAUUCACAGAAACACACGUUUGCAGUAAAAAUACUGAUCUAUAAUUCUUAUUUGAUGUAACUAUAAAAGUAUAAUAAAUGUGAGAAAACAA